GAUCGUGUAUGCGCCGCAGUAGUUGGCGGGUCGUCGUUGCAGGCGUGCGGCCCGCGCGUUAUAAACAAAGAGUUUAUCGUCUGUGCGAGUUCGCGCGCAAAAAGCGUUCUUUCGAAAUUCAAAUUUAAUUGUUAUCCGCUAAUUGCGCGACCGCCGUGCGCAGUUCGAAAUUUAAUUUCUUGUGUUGUUAGUGAAAAUAAAUUCGUUACUCGUAAGUUAUUUAAAUUUUAAUGGGGCGCACUGACUUUCUUUAAACGUUCUGAUUAAUUAUGUAUUUAAAAGUCAAGUGUUAAUUUAAUUCAACGUACGAGCGCUCCGUUAAUUAGUUGUUCGAAAUUCGAAUGUUCUUUUUGUUUUCCAUUACUAUUGCCCUAUACUGUCGCAAUAAAGCCGAAGUGAGGUAAUCGUUUUCUUUGUUCAAGAUAGCCCUUCAAGGAUUGUUUUAUUCUAUUUCAAUAGAUACAACGGCCUAUAGUGGUCUAUUUGGCAAAAUCUCAAGUGAGUCAGUGACGAUGCAUCCGAGCAAAAUGUGUUUGAAUGUGAAGCGAUACGUGAGACUAUCGUGACAGUGCGUCAUCAUGUCGCCUGACAAACGGAAGAGAAGAACCGUCAUUGUCAGCAAAAGGACUUGCAUCUAGCGGCGCCGGUAGGGUGAAUGAUCUCAGUAUUUUAGUGCUCAAAACAAUUUCAAAAAAAGAAAGACUGAAUAACCGUUAAGCAACCGAAAAUCGGCAACCGUGACGAUGAUCGCCUUAAAGAAACUCUACGGGGACGAACUGCUCCGCCUAGCUUUAGUUCUGAGCCUGCUCAAGGCGAACCCGGAGGAGUACCUCGAGAUAGAGACGCAGCAAAUGAUCACCGGCCUGCACAUAUCCAACGGCUCCGACUGGUCCCUCGAGCAGGAGGCGCGGACGCUCAUCAGGCCGCGGUACGUGCACCCCAAGUCGCUGGACAACAUACUGGUGAACUAUGAGCGGCAGCUGUUCGAGGAGCUGAACUCCCUCGGCCGGUAUAAUUAUCGGCUGAACAAUGACCGGAUGUGGCAUAAUCGGGCGAUUCACACGUAUUUAGUGAACAACGUCGCGACCACAGUCCAGCCCGUGCCGCCGAGCGACGCGGAGCGCAAUGACACGCAGGACGCCGUGGCGGCGGACGACAAUGUGGCGCAGGAGGUGAAGAUCACGGAGGAGGAAUCAGCUGACGCCGACACCCAGCCGGACGCGGUUGUCACGCUGUCCGCCGAUUACUUCGAGAACAGAACGGAAACGGACAUAUUCGCCGAGAUUGGCACCAGGUCGUUCGACGUCAACGAGUUUCUGGUCAAUCACACGGAGGAGAUGCAGAUUAAAAGGGAGCCGCCCGAGGAGCUGCUCGACGUCAGGGUGAAAAAGGAGAGGGAUGAGGACCUGUACAGCGACAAUGCCAUCGACGAUUACGUGCCGUAUUUCACGGCGAAGGCGGAGAAGCUGGAGCUGGGUGAACCGAACUCGGUGUUCCAUCAGAACCUGGCCGAUCUGCAGGACUACGGCGAGCUGUUCGACGACGUCAAGGAGCUGAGGAAUGACCUGGAAUACCUGGACGUGAAGCAGCAGCAGGAGAACUUGGAGCAGUAUCUGCUGGAGAAUACGCCGCUAGACACGGAGGUGUAUGAAUUGGCGCCGAUCUUCGAGGAGGAGCUGGUGCUGGACGUGAAGAGGGAGCGAGCGAGCACUAGCUUCACGUCCGCCAGUUCUAGUGGUGUGAGCGAGAUGGAUGUAUCCGACGUGCCCGACGUGAAGAUGGAGCCUGAUGAGGGGCAUCACACCGGCGAUGAGCUCACGCAAGAGGACAUGGAUCUUAUAGAAGUCCUCUGGAAGCAAGAUGUCGACAUGGGUUUCUCCCUCGACGACCCACUGCAUAUCGAGGGCCCUCAAGCGACGAAGGUGGAACUGGCCAAGGAACUGGACAAGGAUCCGAAAGCGCUGGAGAAGACCGUGGUCGAUGAUAAUGAGAACAUUGAGAAGGUGAAGGCGUCUCUGCUUGAUGCGGACAAGGACGACCUAUGGGCUGGAUUGUCUUACACCGUUGAUACAGAGACAGGUGAAUGCGUGCUGCAGGGUGAUCUGCCUAGAGAGCUAGACGGCGCUGAGGAGUCUAGGUUCGAUCUGCUAGAGGAGGCGCUGCAGUUGGUGGAACUUAGGGACGAGGCGAAGGAUGCCCAGCCUGAGGCGGUAGGCGGCAGCGGUGGAGGGGCCGAGAUGCUGCAUCCGGCGAUGCGGCAUAUGCCGCACCAUCCGCUCGCGCACUAUCACAACCAGUCAUUCAUGCGCUCGAUGUCGGUGGAGCAGCGGUGGCAGGACCUGGCGUCGCUACUGACGAUACCGCCGCCGCCGGAGCAAUACCAGCACUACCACCAGCACGCGCACCAUGCGCACAAUAUCAGCCACGGUGCCGCCGGCUACGCCCCCAACUACGCCCCGCACGCCCCACUCGGCCCCGGGCCCACGGCCCCGCACGCUGAAAAACACAGCGAGUCUUACGGUGCUGCAGCACCUCUUGAGAGCUCGUACAAGGUUGAGUCGGCGCACCACCCACAGCAACAUGACGCCGUGUAUUACCAGAAUUCUACAUCGGAAAUGGCGCCGAACCAAGACGGCUUCCUGCAGUCGAUACUGAACGACGAGGACCUGCAGCUGAUGGACAUGGCGAUGAACGAAGGCAUGUACACCAUGCGCAUGCUAGAUGGCGCAUCGGCGCACGUGCCGCAGAACCACCCGCAUAUGCCGAUCACAACUGCCGAGCGGGACUCGGCAUCCGACAGUGCCGUAUCGUCUAUGGGCUCUGAGCGUGUGCCCUCCCUGUCGGACGGUGAAUGGUGCGACGGCAGCGAUUCGGCGCAGGAGUAUCAUAGAAGUAAGUUCCGGCCGUACGAGAGCGCGUACGCGCGGGACAGGGCGCACGCGCCGCAGAAGAAGCACCACAUGUUCGGGAAGCGCUGUUUCCAGGAGCAACCGCAGCUGGAGCCGCUCGUCUCCCGACCGCCGGCGGUCAAGUACGAGUGCGAACAGACGUACCACCACGACAGCAUGCACAUGCACAACGUGGACUUCACCCCCCGCCACCAGCUGGGCGGUCAGCACGUGCCGCUUCAGCCGGCGCUAGACUUGAACACUGCACACUCCAGCCACGCUAUCAUUCAGAGCAACGUGUCGCCGGCGCGGUUCCCGCACGCGGAGGCGCGCGUGCGCCACAACCACACGUACAGCGCGCCGCCGCCGCCCGACCAGCGGCAGCCGAUAAGAGAUAAAAGGGCGCGCCGCCUGACGGAGAGCAGCGGCUCGGAGAGCGGACACCUCAGCAGGGACGAGAAACGGGCGAAGGCGUUGGGUAUACCAUUAGAAGUUCACGAUAUAAUUAACUUGCCGAUGGACGAGUUUAACGAACGUCUGUCCAAGCACGACUUAAGUGAGGCCCAGCUGUCGCUCAUACGGGACAUACGGCGUAGAGGCAAGAACAAGGUGAGUUAUCAGCUCAUCAUCAGCCCAUAUAUGUUCCCACUGCUGGGACACAGGCCUCCUAUGAGGGUUCAGGCCAUAAUCCAGCACGCUGAGCACUUCGCGGCGCUCUACCGCCACGUGUUCCAGGUGAGCGCGCACACCCGCCCGCACACCCGCACGCACCCGCACACACACCCGCACACCCGCCCACACACCCACACACUCGCCCAGCGCCAGCGCCUCAAGGAGCACUUCGCGGCGCUCUACCGCCACGUGUUCCAGAACCUCCGCGACGGCGAGGGCCGGCCGCUGUCGUCGGCGCAGUACUCGCUGCAGCAGGCGGCCGACGGCAACGUCGUGCUCGUGCCCAAGAUGAGCCAGCACGCAGACCACACGAUGAACCGCACCUCCGAUGACGACAUGGACAGGAAGAAAAGCUACGAGUGACGUCACAGCGCACCCCGCACCCGCCCCGCGGCAACCGCAUACUCCGCCUGCUCCACGUUAUAUAUACAUAUGUAUGGAAAAUCGUGAAAAAA